ACUUAAAAUCCUCAGACUUGACACCUCGUACCUUACCCUCUGUGUGCCUAUAUAUACGCAUGAAGAACUGUCAUAUGUAUGUGUAUAUGUAAAGAUGUCAACUUGGGAAUGUGAAGAUGAUUCUUUAGCUCUAUUUCUCGAGGCCCAUCUGUCUGAUCAGAUAUUGCAGGAACCAGAUAACAUAGAUAAGAAUGAGGAAGAGGAAGAAGAAGAGGAAGGGCCAGUGCAGAAGAGGCCACGCGUGGAGCUUCAAGGCAAUGUGGCUGAUGAAAGGAAAUUAGCUGGGUCUCUUUCCUCAAGUCAAGUUCCAAAUCCCCCAUCUUUAAGAUGUAAUAUUGCCAGGUGUAAUAGUCUUGGCUGUUGUGUUAAAGGUGGUGUCCAGGACAGUAGAGUGAAGGCAAAGAGUGCGGAUAAUAGUUUUCUAAGCAAAGUACCUCCUGAGGUCUUUCAUGAUAUCCUCAAGUUCCUUUCAUCUGAGGAUCUCGUUGCAUGCUCACAGGUCUGUAAAUAUCUCAGCUUUGUUGCUUCUGAGGAAACCCUGUGGCGAAACUUGUAUGCCAUGCGAUGGGGUCUACUGCGGCCAAAGAGCAAGUAUUGUGAUUGUGCUUGGAAGAAGCUUUACAUUCAGCGAGAUGAAGAAGAAAUGGUCAAGUUUGUUAGGAAUUGUCCAUCUGAAUUUAAAGAGUAUUACAUCCAAAUGCAGACAGCUAAAAGGUGCCAAGCUCCUAUACCUUCUCAGGAUGACUGGCUGAUUUUGGACAAGACUGUUGCUGAUGAAGUCUCUACGUGGAAAAGCAGCAAAGGUUUAACUGAUCCGGUGGUGACUGAUCAUGCUUGUUCAGGAAAAUAUUGCUCUUACCAUCAGAUAGGCGACGUUUUUGUGUGUGAGAAAACUGGAAAUAUUCACGUGUGUGAUGAUACAUGCAAAGAUGCUUCUGCAGACCUAACAAAUGGGCUACUGGUUUGUCCAAUAUCUGGUCACUGUUUUGAAAGAUUGAUGUCCCCUGCUGAAGAAUUGGAUCAACACACUGAUCAGCUGAUUUUCGGACAAGAUGCUGUUUCAGAUGAAGCUGAACCAUUUAUGGGAUCUGGCUGUUAUGCUCAAGCUUAUUUGCUGGGAUAUAAUUGUGCUGAUGAGGAGUUAGAAGCUUGCUUGCAGUUCUGCUAAUGCAUCCUGGGUUCUGCCAUUCCUGAAAAAUGGAGGUUUAAAUUUUAUUUUCAUGUUUCAAGUAUUUUGUAGAUUCAAGAAACAGUGGCCCUACUGGCUAGUUUUUAUUCUGAUUCCGGAUUUGGAUGUUAUCAGAAUCAAUAUAGAUGUGUUGAUGGAAACUGUUAAAGGUUUUAUUUUUAGCAUAUACUCCCUCUUUUAUCAAAAUCAAUAUAGGUCUUUUGACUUUUUUGCACGAA